CCUCCUUUUCAAACCAUUGCACACAUUUAACAAUGGCUGCUACUCAGAAGACCGGAAUCCGAUCUGGACAGAACCGCGGACACAUCACAACUCUUCGUGAGUUGAAGACCCCCAUCUCCUAUAAGAAGGGUGUUGCUGGUAAGCGCGUCGUCUUUGUCCGUUCCAUCAUCCGUGAGGUUGCUGGCUUUGCUCCUUAUGAGCGUCGCAUCAUGGAGUUGAUCAAGAACUCCAAGGAUAAGCGUGCCCGUAAGCUCGCCAAGAAGAGACUCGGAACCUUCCUUCGCGCCAAGAAAAAGGUGGAGGAGAUGACCAACGUCAUUGCUGAGUCUCGUCGUGCCCAUUAAAUUGCUCAUCAUUAGCAGUUUCUUCUUUGGAUACAAACCGACAAUAAAUGACUUCAUUUCUUCACUGUUGGAUAUCCAGAAGACCUCAUAGAUGUUUCCUUUUAUUUUAAACUCGUGCUAUAGUUUUUUUUUAGUAUGAUAUGGAUCAAUGAUAGGUGAUGGUUCAAUGCACAAAAAUAAUUGCAGUUCAAAAUGGAAGAGGAAUCCUAGCCUUUGGAAAGAAGCAGAGUGCCUUUAAGCUGCACGUUCUGAGGAUAUAGUGCAUCGAAACAUUUGGAUCCAUAAUGCGAU